AUGCCAGGAGAUAACAAAUUCUACAAAUAUUUUGUAGUUUAUCCCUUCAAUGUUCUCUCAAUUUCAAAGAUUACUGUGAUUAUUCUUCUAAUAUUAUCGUUAUAUGGAUGGGAUGUCAAACAGAGAACUUCAGGUAGCAAUUUUCUCCUGGCAAUUUAUGAUAUUCUAGAAAUCGGGGUGGCAUCGAUUUCACUUUGGUUUAUUGUACAAAAGUUUUAUUGGUUGAAAGUGGAAUCAGUCUUCAAUAUGAUUGGAAUUCUCCUAUCACUCGCUUCAAUAUCCACGAGCUUCGUCACUACUCUAGAGCCAGCUUCGAUGCAAUCGCUGACACAUAUUCUCACCCUCUCCAUUUGGAUAUUUUCCGCAUUUUGGGCUUGGCGUGAAACGUACAACAACGUGAGCAAUCUGUUCAUUUCCGAAUGGGGACAAGGCGGCGAGGAUACGGAAAUCGAAUACCUGGAGCAACAUUUCUGA